GCUUCUAGAAAAUACAACUUGGCGGCCAGAUGGCUGCUUCGGCAGUCGGGUCCGGCGCGGCAGCGGGGCGAGGAGUUCACCCCGAAGGAGCUGGAGUAUAAGAAGGAGAUCAAGUCGACCGACCCUGACGGUGCCGAGAUCCUUGUGCAAGAGGAGGACUUGCUGUAUGGCCUCAACAAGCUGCUGGACGCGCUGGAGUCCAUCAACGGCAGGACUGUCUUGGACAAGCGCGGCGAGCUGAGAAGCCAAUUCUACUUGGAGCUGGCGCGGCGUCCUGGAGAGAGGCUUUCUGAGUUCUGCUCUCGCUUUCGGACAGCGGUCUCAGACUUGAAGGCGGAGGGCGUUGUCUUGCCGGACGCUGAGCUAGGCUGGUUCCUGAAGGAGAAGCUUGGGCUGGAUCCACUCCGGAAGCAGCUUCUUGAGACAGCCUUGGCAGGCAAGGAGGACUACUCGGUCAUUGAGUCGGAGUCCCUCCGCCUCUUCAAGGACUUGCACUCCAGUGAUCCUCUCUACAGAAAGCCGGCACCUAUGGCGGCCAGCCGGUUCUUCCAGAGGCGCUCCCCGACAAGUCCGUCGACGACUACCGGUACUACGAUGUCAAGGCCCUGGGCUUCGUCUUUGGCGCGAUCAAGGGCCCCCUCUAUGGCAUCUUCUGCUCCUCGUUCUGUAGUCCGUGGACCUCCGCUUCGGCAAGCGCACGUGGCUGAGCAAAUGGAAGAGGAAGAGCACGACGGCGAGGACGACACUGAGGAGGCUCUGGACGCUGACGCGGCGGAUGCUCCGCCUACUUUGGAAGAGGUGCUUCAGACAGAAGCAGAAGUUUUGGCAGCGGAAUUGGAGCAAGCUGCCGAAGAAGGAGCAGACGAUGAAGUCUUGGGUGGACUCGAGGCUUCAGUGGAGGCUGUCCGGAAGGACCGCGGCUACAAGACUCAGGCGCCGAAAGGCGAUGGAAAGGGCCGUGGACUUGGGGCCAUCGCACUUCGAAAGCAGUCGGGGAAGCACCCCUGCUUUGACUGUGGCGAGCACGGCCAUUUGUCCGGCGACGCGGCCUGCAAGCACCCUGGAGAAGGGCUUGCGCGGAAGAGAGACGCAAGCAAUCCUCGACCAAAAGCUCGGCAAGUGCGAGUUGCAGAGCACGAGGCCCAGGUGAUGGAGUAUGACAUCGGGGGCCUUGUUGGCACAGAGGAGUCGCACGAGGCCUUGGUGGUUUCGCAUGGCGACCUUGGACAAGCUCUAUUUCAGGAUGCCCUGAUUUCCGCCUCGAGAAGCCAGGUCAACGUACAGGUCGUGGAGCUUGUGGGUGCCUUGGACAGCGCCUGCAACCGAACUUGCUGUGGCCCGGCUUGGUUGGCAAAGUACCGCGCUGCCUUGGAUGAAGCCCCGGACUUUGUCAAGAAUCUGGUCGAGUCCGUCUCUGAGUGCGAGGCCUUUCGCUUUGGAAAUGGAUCGAGUACACCCUCCUACGCUCGUUGGCGGCUGCCGGCCCUGCUUGAUGGCAAGCUAUUUCUUUUCUGGGUUUCAGUGGUCGACAUUCCUUCCUUGGGCUUGCUGAUGGGCCGAGAUUGCAUGGAAGCCCUGGGAAUCCGCCUGGACUUUGAGCGAAAGCUUCUGGACUGCAGGCGGCUUGGAGUGGGUAAGGGAAAGGCAAGGACCGCAAGUACGGUCGCUGCAAAAGCCAUAAGAGCACUCCUCGAACGUGCCAUUGAGCUCGAGCGUGGAGCUUUGCCACCAUUCGUGCCGGAGAAAGCAAAAGUUCCUCACCUCCAGGUGCAGACGCCAAAGACAGGGAAGCACUGCGCAGACCAGACUCAGUCAAAUUCCUACGGCUUGGAGGCAGCAGGCGGAGAGUAUGGUGGCUCGUGGCUUGAUGACCCGGAGGUGCCUCAAUGGCCUGAGCUGGACAGCCGGAAAUCUGCACGAGGUCAGUUGGUUGCGCAACCGGCUGGGACUUCGGCCUUCCUGGAGGACCCGCUGGUCGAAGGGAUGCUUGCAGCCAAGAAAGCCAAGGGCGCCUCGUUAAAGGCAGCGGUCUUGCAGGAGAAGAGGAGCGAGGCAAAAGCCGACGCCGAGAGACUUGGAAGAGAGGAAGCUGUUCGCACAAUGUUGGGUCCCCGAGGUGGUCUUCCCACGCUGAAGGGCGACCUCCUGAAGCUGGCCGCGCUUUUGCAUGUGGAGAUUGGCGACAAAGACACCGUCGAGACCAUAAAGAAGAAGAUCCGGCCAAUGGUUGGAACACUUCGUGGCCACGCCACUCCUGUGACCACGGCGACGGCGGCGGCGGCUCCAAGCGCAAGACCUGCGGCAACUGCUGCUCCAGCGGCGGCGUCUACGGCUCCCUUGCCUAUGCCGACUACGCCGGCGACAACCGCUCCUAUAAUUUCGGGCCCUAUGCCGACGACUCCUUCCACGACGUCCUCGUCACCACCUACCUUGGAGAUAAUGGCUCGCGUGAACGAGACUGUGGCGAACAUGGCCAACAUGCAGGCGAUGAUGGCAGCGCAGGACGCCAAGUUUCAGGCGAUGUGGUCGCAAGUUUACCAACACAUCGCCGCGAGCCAGGAGCAGGAGGUGGAGGGCAGCAUGGAGUGGGAACCCGUCUCUCCGGACCGGCUGGCAAGGCUCGAGCAGGAGGCGAUGGAAGCUUCGGCUAUGGCGACGAACACGGCGGCGUCGCUCAAGGCCGGGGUCAAGCAAAUGAUAUCGCAGGCGUGGCAGCGACAUCGUAAAGAUCAGCUGGCUGUGUCUGUGUCAAGAAAGCAAAUGCAUGAUGCAAUGUUGGUGGAAGAGACUUCCACCUUCCUUAAUGACACUUUUGUGGCUCAGUUGGUGAUGCCCGACCUCUCCUUUGCCGAGGUGUUCACCGAUACUGAGCCAGUUUUGCAACAAGCUCGACUUCGCGGACACCGUGCUGUCGAGCCUUUGUCUUUGAAAACUGGAUGGGACUUCUUGCUGCCGUCUCAUCGUGCCUUGGCUUUGGCCAAUCUGCGCCGCACCAAGCCAUACAUGGUGGUGAUUGCCUUUCCUUGUGGACCCUGGUCGCCUUUGCAGCAGCUCACCGCCGCGCCGGCUUUGCUGCACAAGAAAAGAAAAGAGGCGAGGGCGCUCGUCGAUUUCGCUGCAGAAGUCGCCCGACUUCAACUUGAGAACGACAAUCUUCGUUCUCUGCAAACUCUGGCUGGCGACCCUCGAGUCAUGGCAGUUCGCAUGGAUCAGUGCAAGUUUGGUUUGCGGCCGGCACCGGGCACACUUUUUGAUGUUCCGGCUGGGACAGCUGCGUCAGGCGCUCGACACCGGAAGCGGACGCGUCUCCUGACUUCGUCUCAAGCGGUCGUGUCCACCUUCCUGGGCAAACUGUGCAGAGGGCAAGGCGCUCGACACUUUCAUGUCCCAGUGCUUGGCGGCAGCAAGGUUACCACGAAGGCAGGGCAUUACCCGGUGCAGUUUGCGAAGGCCAUCCUCCUGGCCACCGAGAAGCAGUUUGACUACGAGACCUCGCGAUCCUGGAGGGCGGCCCACGCAAAGAUGCAUGAGGUUAAUGCGGUUGAUGGCGACAUCGAGGAUGAUGGCGCAGGCGUGGACUUUCACAUUGAGGCCUCGGAAGAUGAAGAGGUCGCGGCCGAGCCGGGCGAUCCCGAAGGGAGUGUGGCAGGCAGUCAGGCGGCUGCGUGA